AUCUCACUUCGUUGCGUUACGUAUCAACCACCCAUCACAUCUUCCGGUCUUUUCUCAAAGUCUCACUUCCUAAUGAUUCAUCAAACUAUUUACAAUGUGUCAAUUGCAUUGUAUCUUUGCACUCUUUUCGCGUUUGUUUUUUCUGAUAGCCCAGAAGCAAUGAGAGAUCUCGUUACGGAUUUGCCUGGUCAAUCUGGUGUGAGCUUCAGACAUUACGCCGGCUAUGUCCCGGUUGAUAAAAAACAUGGAAGGGCUAUGUUUUAUUGGUUUUUCGAGGCUAUGAGUCUUCCAAACCAGAAGCCUUUAGUACUGUGGCUUAAUGGAGGGCCUGGAUGUUCUUCUGUGGGAUACGGAGCAACACAAGAGAUUGGUCCAUUUCUUGUGGAUAACAAAGGAAACAGUCUUCAAUUUAAUCCCUAUGCAUGGAAUCAUGAGGCCAACAUUCUGUUUCUAGAAUCCCCUGUUGGUGUCGGGUUUUCGUAUUCAAACACAAGUAGUGACUAUAAAAAGAUCGGCGAUGAAUUUACAGCGAGAGACGCAUACUCCUUUAUUCAAAAUUGGUUGGAGAGGUUCCCAGCUUACAGAGAAAACAAUUUCUAUAUAGCUGGCGAGAGCUAUGCAGGAAAGUAUAUACCCGAGCUUGCAGAGGUCGUUUAUGACAAGAACAAUGAAAAUUCCUCACUUCAUAUCAAGCUUAAAGGCAUUCUGCUUGGAAAUCCUGAAACAUCGGAAGCCGAAGAUUGGGAUGGAUGGGUGGAUUAUGCAUGGAGCCAUGCAGUAAUAUCAGACGAGAUGUAUGGAGUCAUAAAAAGAAAUUGCAAUUUCAGUAGUAACACUACUUGGGAUGUUAAAGAAUGCAAAGACAACGUAGACGAAGUAGUCAAACAAUAUCACAAAAUUGAUCAAUACAGUCUCUAUACUCCUACCUGUAAUGGAAAUUCAACGCCUAGUUCAUCCCUUGAUUCGACGAGAUUCAGGACUAAUCUUCGCAAUUCCAAAAUGAUGCCGAGGAUGAUGGGCGGAUACGACCCGUGUUUGGAUGAUUAUACGAAAGUAUUCUACAACAGAGCAGAUGUCCAGAAAGCUCUUCAUGCAAGUGAUGGUAUUCAUCUAAAGAAUUGGAGCAUUUGCAACGAUGAUAUUUUUGAUAAUUGGACGGAUUCAAAGCCCUCAGUUUUGCCAAUAUAUAAGAAAUUAAUCGCGGGAGGAUUUAGAAUAUGGGUUUACAGCGGCGACACAGAUGGAAGAGUUCCCGUACUCGGGACAAGGUACUGCAUAAACAAGUUGGUAUUACCCAUUAAGACGUCGUGGAGGCCAUGGUACCACGAGAAACAGGUUAGUGGAUGGCUUCAAGAAUACGAAGGUUUAACUUUUGGAACGUUCAAAGGAGCAGGACAUGAUGUGCCUUCCUUCAAACCCGGCGAGUCGCUUGCGUUUUUCUCCGCCUUUCUCAAAGGAGUUCUUCCUGCUUUAUCGCCGUAAUAGAGAGAAAACAUUUGUAUUGAAGAUUUCAAUAAUAAGAUAAUUAAUAAUAUUUUUUUAAUAUUUUGACACAUACUAUUAUAUGUGUUUUUGAAUAGUGGAAUUUCCAGUUCCACCUGAACCACUACAAGAAAACAAGAGGAUUCACAACUAGAAACCAAUAAAAAAUAAUCCAUAAAAAUUCAUUGAAUUCAUCGACAGAUUGUAUUCCAUCCAGAAUUCGUUGGGAAUUUAUGCCGAAUUCCUGACAAAACACGUCCAUUGGGAAUUUGAAGAUAAAUUACAAUAUAUAUGUUAACUAAUCAAUACUAUUAAAACAGGAGCAAUUUUUAUCGACUAUGUUUUGGACUACAAAAAAAAGUUAUAACAGUCCAACUAAAUUCAAUUCUUUUCCCUAUAAAAGUGGUUACACUAGAUUAAAUAAUAUAUUUCAUAAUAUCUAACCAUGUCGAACGCUUAUUAAUCAAUUGUACUAUAUAUAUAUACAUUACACAGUUCCCUAUAACUUAUAUACUCUUAUUAAAUUCACAGUCAAUAUCAAAUCGAUGAUAUCGUCAUGUUUCUUUUACACAAAUCCAUAUUGUAUGUUUCCACCAGGUAUUGAAUGUUCCCACCAUGACUUUGUAUCAUACACCCAUCGCUCAUAAUUAUUUUAACAUUGGAUAGAUGAUAAUAUGCCAUCAAACCAAAGUUUAAUAUAUUCCUAAUUGUAGAAUUGCGCUUUGAAGUCAUCCAAUAUCAAUUAGAUACCUGGAACCAUCAUAAAUGUAAAGCUCAGAAAAGUUUCAUCAAAACAAUGUCAAUUUUUGUGAAUAAACGAGUUUAAAUAAAAUUCUAACAAUAUAUGUAUCAUUUAGAACAUGAAAUAGAUUUAAUAUAGUUAUAACCGAUUUAACAUCCAGAUUUUACAUUUAGUUUACUUGAUGAAACUAUAAUCAGUAUCGAUUUUGAUAAAGUGUAGAUGUUGAAUCACAACAGUUAUAACAAAUGAUAAUGUACUGCAAAAUCCAUAUAUUAAAUCCCAACGAUAUGUUAAUUUAAAAAUAUAAUUCUAACAACUUCAGUUUACGAAAACGGUUUUAGAAUAUUUUCUGUAUCUAUAUCCCUAGAAUAUUCUUGAUAUCAAAUUAAUUAUCUUAGAAGAUCGUAAAACUUAUAACCUGUCCACACUCCUUAUAUAUAUCAACUCUAACAUCGCACUUAAACCAGUCUAAACCUCUUAAAGUGUAUACUAGUAUCAAAAGUCAUGGGUUCCAUAAUCAAAAUUAGCAAUCUAACAGAUGUUAAGCCUUUCAAGACUUCAUGGAGCGUCCAGGUUAAAGUGCUCCAUACUUGGAAGUCAUUCAAUCCCCAGUUUGGUUCAUCACUUGAGAUGGUGGUAUCUGAUGAAAAUGUAUGCCAUAUUAGAUUGCUAUAUUGCUCGAAUAAUAUUUUUUAUAUAUCUUAUCUGCUGAAAUUUUGAUUUUUAUAAAUGUUAUAGGGUGUCAAAAUACACGCCAGUUGCAAGAACCCUUUCAUUGAACGUGUUGAGAGUCUGUGUCGUGUUGGAGAAUGGAUAGUUAUUAAUAACUUUUCCUUAAGUCAUGCGACUGGAUUUGACAGGGUCACCAGCCAUGUUUACAAAAUAUCAUUUGUGUGUCAAACUUCUAUAACUGAAUCAUUGCUACAGUGCAACAACAUGUUCCUCGACAUCCAUGCCUUUGAUAAUGUUCUAAGUGGUUCACUUAACACAAGUUUCCGUAUCGGUACUUCACUAUUUUAAUUUGAAUAUUAUUUUUUCUUGCCUGAUACAUAAAACCAAAUAUCGAUAAUUUAUUUGUGUUGGGUUAUUAACGAUAACAGUUUAUUAGUUGGACCCAAUUGUUUAACUUUUUGUAUGUAUCAUUCCUUUCACUAUAUGGGCUUUUAACUAAUCAGUUUAAUUUUAAAAUUAAAUGAUUUAAACUAUAACACAAAGUAAUUUAUAUUAACGGUAACACACUAUCAUUUACAAUAUAAUACAUAAAAUUACAUAUACAACAUUUUUUUACAUGUUAAUUGAUAGCUAUUGUUAAUUUAAAUUACCGCAAGUAUUUUUAUAAAGUAAAAAAUAUUACAAAUCAUUUUAGAAUUUCAAUAUUUAGAGGCAAAACGUAUUAUAUAGCGUAACUAUUUGUUGUUUUAUGAAAUUGAUGAAAUAAACAAGUCGAUUCCACAGUCUAAAUGUAUAGAAAACAUGAUUAUAUAAAAUUUACAUCAAACAUAAACCCGCGCUUUGAAAGCGCGGGUCAAAAUCUAGUCUAAUCUAUUAAUUUAGAGUCAUAUUUUUUAUCUACUUAAAAAGUUGUCAUUUAAGUUUUGGACCUAUUCAUUUUUCAUUAGAAACAAAUAUAACAAUCCUUAUAAUUUGUUUAUACAAUAUAAUACAAUAUAUAACAUGUUUGAGCAUUAUUCUUUUCUAAUACACUAACCAUAAUUAACCAAUAUGUUAUACUCAUCAAUUAUCUAAACAAUUUGCAUGCCAAAUACUCAUCAAAUUUACAGCAAUUACUCCUCUUUACAAAAUAUGCAACCAUAUAGUUUUGUUAUUGUUAAAAACUAAUACCCGAUCUUACUCAUGUUCUAACCUUGGUGACUAUGACAAGAAACUUUUCACUUCUUACAAAAUAUACGACCAUAUGACAACAAACUCUUCACGUCUAACCUUAAGUGACCUAUGCACUUUCAAAUAUUCUCCUUCAUUAUUAUUUUGUUCUUUAAUCCUUUCCUCUUUAGUAAUAAAUUCAUUUUAUAAAAAGUUAAUAAUAUAGCAAAAAAACUUUAUAUAUGCUCUUUCAUUUUACCAAUGCUAAACAAUAUAUACAUUUCAUUUGCCAUGUUACUAAGACUGGGUGUUUGUUUUAGUAAAAAAAACAGACUGGGUGUUUGUAUAUAUCUCGCAUGGCUGCUUGUGUUCGGGUUAAAGUGACAAUGUCAAUGACAAUUUAUAUUAUCUUUUAUUAUAAUUAAAAUAAAUAUAAAAAUGGAUAUUUCCAUGUUUGUUUGAACUUCCUAGAUUACUGCAAAAUAUUUGAAAAUUUUAACUGCAUUGUUUGAGUACAAAUCGCAACAACAAAUGCCAAAUAUUUGAAAAUUUGUUAUGUUAAAAUUGUUGUAAAGAAACCAUUAAGAUUUGUAAAUAAAAUGUUUAGAUUUUUCCAAUUUAAAGUAUAUUCCAAUAUCUUUUAAUUAUAGUCUAUUGUUUUUUUUAAUAAAAAAUAAUCAAACUAAUAUAAUAUUAUAAUAUAUGAAGAAGGCUUGAGGAUUCAACUAAUACAAAUAUGAAUAAGAGUAUGACAGAGAAGAGAUGGCUCACAUUGUGGUUAUGCUAUGUCGUGUUCGCCGCCAUCCCCCUCGCCACAGACCUCACAUGAGCCAAAUUAUAACAUACUUCAUCCUUUCUCUUCUCCUAGGAGUCAGCCAUUAAUCUUUUUUUUUAACGUUGCAAAAUAUAGUCUGAAGGAUAUAUGUUAAUAAUUUUGUUUGAAAAACAAGCAGAUUCUGCAUGCUUUAGAAGGAAACGUAUCACUAUCAGAACUUCACUAAUGGAUGAAACCGGGUCAAAGCAAUGUAUACAGCUCAUAUGGAGGGAGCAUUGACUUAAACUCGAGCCAAUACAAUACAAUGAUGAAAUUAAGAAGUUUAGGAAAAUGGCACUUGGAACUCAAGAGUACAACCUGUGAGUAUGGACUGUACCCGUCGAGUUCUAGCAACGAGGUCCAAACCACACGUUAAAUGGAGAUGGGGAAGUUUAAAACAGCCAGUUAAGGUUAUAGUUAACCGUCUCUUUAAAUCAAGGAGUUUGCAAGUUUUUUGGAUUCUUAUUUUUUAAUUAACUGUAAAGAUUUGAAAAAAUUAUCUAUGAAACCACUAUGGUAUAAGCAUGAUGCGUUAAAAUAUUUUUCUUUUGUUUCUUUCUAUAGAAGUUGUGUGAUAUUAUUUUGAAUGUUAUUUUUUCAUCUACUCUAUUAAAAAAGUAUCGUGACCUAUUGAUAAAUGUUAUGUUCAACUAUGUAUUUUAUUUAUUUAAAGAAUUAUUUUAUUAUAUUAAAUUAAUAUUAAACACAAAUAUAAUUUAAAAACAAAUAUAAAAUUUAAAUUUUCAGAAAAAAUUAAAACAAAAAAAUUUAUCCGCCCUUUACAAGGGCGGGUAAUAAUCUAGUUGUUGUUAUUUCCGACGACCGACAAAAAAAACUGUUGGUAAUUUCUGACAAAUUUCCUACAAAUUUUUAAAACUAAUACGUAGUCCUUUGAAAUAUUCAAAUUCCUGACAAAAUGUCCUUUUCCAUCAGAAGUUUGCCUACAUACAACUAUAAAUACCACUUCAUCUUAUUUACAAAGAAGCACAAAAUUCAUUCUCUUAAUUAUUUUUGUUAUUGGAUGGAUAAAUAUUUGAACCUAAAUAUUUUACAGAUCUGAAGAAAAAUUUACUUAUACAUAUGGUAUAACCAAAUUCAUGGCGGUUCCUCAUAGACAACCAUAAGUUUUAAAAAUUCUUAAGUUGAAAUGUCCAUACUCUACUUGUUAGAAUAAUAGGAAUAUUGAGGUUGGUGGAGAUUGGAAACGUUCAUAUAUAAAUGGGUUUAUGUCAUGUUAUGAGAUUUGAUAUCAUCAUGAAGAACAAAUGGGUUAUGGUAGUACUAGCGAACCUCAUACUGUAGAUAAGUUAGAUGAACCUAGCGCGGACGUAGAUUAUGAUUUAGACACAUUUUCACCUUCGAUGGUUGAGGAAGGAGAUAGAUGAGAAAAACCCAAUUUAAAAUAUAUGUUAGAUACAACUAAGAAGGUAUUGUACAAAGGCUGUAAAUAUGACAAUUCACCUUUAUUAUAUGCAAGUAGAUUAAUGGCGAUAAAGACGGAUUACAUUUUGGCUGAAAAAUGUAUGGAUGUGAUUGCUGGUUUUGUGAGAGAUAUUAUACCUGAGGAAAAUCUUGCACCUACGAGGUACAUAAAAUUUUAGCUGGUCUUGGUUUAUUAACUGAUCGAUGUACACAUGAUAAUUGCAUGAUUUACUGGAAAGAGGAUGAAAACCAAAAGAGAUGUCACUUUUUCUCGAAAACCUCACUAUCAUGAGUCAAGCAAAAUAUUUUCAGUUCUAUAUAAAUGUAUGUGGUAUUUUCGAUUGACAGAAAGGUUUAACAGACUAUAUGAGUCAGAAUUCACAAAUGACCAAUGAGAUGACAUGCAGAGCACUCAACAAAUGGUGAGAUUACACGUCCUUCUGAUGCAGAUGAGUAGAAUAAUUUUCAAUCAGUAUAUCCGUAAUUUACGUAUGAGAUAAGAAAUUUUUACUUUAGACUAUGUAAUGAUGGUUUCAACCCAUUUAGAAAGCAUGGAAGAUAAUAUUCAUUGUGGCUAGUAAUUAUGACACCUUACAACUUACCUCAAGAUUUGCACAACAACCAUGAGUUUUUUCCUCUCCAUUCUCCCCCAGGCUAGAGCAUCCUAGGAGAUCACUUGUUGUGUUUCUUCAACCACUAAUAUAUAAGUUCGAACUACUAUGGAAGCACUGAGUUCUUAAAUGCAAUGUUUCAUUUGAAGAAAUUUUUUAGAGGUGGAUAGUAUUAUGUGGACAAUAAGUGAUUUUAUGUAUGCUUUUUAACUGAAACAUGGAUGUAAAACGCGUUGGGUUGAGUGUCAUAGAAGAUUUCUACCAGAGGAUAAUUGUUUAAGAAGAAGAAUUAGGUGUUUGUCAGUCUCUCUCCAGAAUUACUUGGGAGUAAUUUAUUGGACCAGUAAAAAGGCUGAAAGGACGCCACAAUGAGGUGGAAAAGGAUAUUAUCCUGUAGCGGUGUUGGAGAACACCACAAUUUGCAUAAAGGAGUAUUUUUUUUUGAGAUUUGCCAUAUUAGAAAGAUCAUUUGUUGAGACAUAAUCUAUAUUUCAAGCAUGUUGAGAAACUUUUUCACAGUCUGCUGAACAUUGUUCUAAAUGUCCAAGGGAAAACAUAAGAUAAUGUGAAGCCUAGACUGGAUUUUAUUCAUAUUUGUUUUUGUAGCUAACUUCAUGGACAUUCACAAGGUUAAGGUCAUGUUCCCAUUAUCGAUUGAAUUCAUCUUCGAAAGAGGAUUUUUUGAUUGGAUUAUACACGAAAAUAAAUUAUCCAAAGAGUAUGCAUCUAACUUGCAUAAAUGUGUCAACAAAAUUGAAUUUUUUUAUUGGUAUAAAGAGCCAUAGUUGUGAUAUUAUGAUGUAGUUAGUCUUUCCGUUUGCCUUUUAUAGACUAUUACCUCGAAACUUUCGUGAAAGAAUUACAAGUAUAUUAUACAUUAAUAUUGAAUUAAAUGUCAUUUUAAAUUGAUUAUGAAUUAUAUAUAUACUUAUCAAAUUUGUUUUUCCUAAUUGUAGAUUUAAGAACGAGAUUACUAAUUGUAGACGACUUCCUGAUUUUAGAGGAUUACAUACCUAUUAUCCUUUGUAACCUUGAAAAGAUGUGUCCUCUAUAUUUUCUUACAUUAUGAAACAUCUUCUUGUUCAUCUUUUGAGAAAAGCGGCUAUUAGUGGUCUUGUACAAUAUAGAUGGAUGUAUCCCUUCAAACAGUAUACGUCCAUCUCAAGACUUAGGUCAAUAUUUUAAGCGAGGUGAAGGGAUCUAAAGUCGCAAAAAGCAUCAAGGAAGAAACUUUAAACUUUGCUGAAUACUGCUUUCCAUAUAAAGUUUAUACAUAAAGGUAAAGAACUGCUCGCCAUGAUGACGACAUAGUAGAAAAUCAUAGCACCAAAGACUUAUCAGGAUGAGCAUACUCAUUUGCAAACAGAUUUUGUUCACCAAGUGCGAUGGUAUUCUUUAAUAUGAGAAGUACUUACAAAUGUAUUUUUUAAAACUGUAACUAAUUAAGUUAUAUUUACCAGUUGUGCAACAUAUUUAUUGUUGUAGACGAUUUACAUGACAUACGCACUUUACUUACAGAAAAUCGUCUUGAACUUGUCAAGUAAAAAGAAAUUCCGGGAUGUCUUUGUGAUUAUGUAGGGUGAGUAAAAUAUUUAUAAAACUAAUAUUCUACAUUGUCUUUAACUAUAAAACACUUAUUGUUUAUAGGCAACACCAUGUUCAGUUAGAGGUGGAAUAUUUCCAAAUUGGUUACAUGAGGUUUUGUGUGAACCAAACGAUGUAGUGAAGUCAAAUCCGAGAUUUUACACUCGAGGAUAUGUUUAAAGAAAGCCGUCCAAGGAAAACUUCUGAUUUUGGUGUUUUGCCUAUAUCUGGUGACAAUGUGUACUACGGUGAUCUAAGUGAAAAUUUUGAAAUCCAAUACCCAUGAAUGAAUUGAGGUGAAUUGUCUUUUAUUGUGAUUGGUACGACAAUGUUGUUGAUCGUGGAAUGAAAACAUAUACACAUGGUGUUACAUUUGUAUAUUCGCAACGGAGACUAUAUUUUUACGAUCCAUAUAUCUAUCAUUACUUUAGAAGCUGAUCAGUUAUGAUACAGCCAAAAAUCAGGACUAUACAAUCGGUCGACAGAGGUUCAAAUUUGGUUCGACAAGAGCUAUGGUCAAACGGCUAUGGGUGAGAGAAUGAUCGCUUUGUACCUGAAACAAAGAAACAAAACUAUAUGAGAUUAUGCUGAUGAAAACAGAUAAUAAAUUAACGUAAAUAGAGAAGGAUGAUGAAGGAUCAUCUGAUGAAAUUGGAGAUGGAUCGGUUGUCGGAAUAUGGAUCGUGGUAGAUAGCAAUGGAGAAUGGAAACUGAAGGAUAGAUUGAUGAAGAUGGGAUCAAGUUGUUGGACGUGUAGCUCUCUCAAAUGGAUUAGUGGAUGGAAUGAUGAACGAGAUGGAAUCAAGCUUGAUGGAUGUGUAUCUCUCUCAAGCUAGAUAGAUGGGUUAAAGAUGGAAACAUGGUUGCCAUAAGUUCUAUAGAAUGGAACUUGAUAAGACAAGAAAUGCUCUCAUGGCUGCUUAACACACACACGAGAAAGGGUUAGGUUUUUCUCUGCUCUGCAAGAAAAGUUUAUUCUUUAUUCAUCGUAGGGUAAAAAUACAAAACCUCUUAUAAGGGACUUAUAUAGUUCUGUCUAGUGAGGUAUGUAUUUCUUGGGGACAUUAACAUAAUAAGUUUCCAUUUCACCUUCGUCAUCAUGGCGAGCAAGUUAUUUAUUUAUUUUUUGAUGAAAUUUUAAAUUUAUUUCUCAUCUGAAAAAAGAAUAGUUAUUUACAAAAUUUUUAUCAGUAUCAAAAGACAAAAAAAAUUCUAUCAAUGUCCAAUAUGAGCACCAAACCACCUUUGAAGAAGACCUGAUAUCUUGAGUUUCUCAUAAUACCGAGUAGACAGAAUCCUAAUUAAGCUUUAUUUUUUUCAUAAUCAACUUCGCUAGUUAGCCCGCUGGCCUGCUUCUCUGUGAAUGUCUCCUUUCGUUUCUUUCCCGCCAAAUGUAAUAAAUGGCUACAUGUAAAGCUAGCCUCAAUAGAAUAGAGGUUUGCCUAUCAUGGGAACUUCCAAGAAUUCGAGCCAGAAUCUCAUUCCAAUCGAGGGUGGAGGCUGGUUGAAGCAAUGAGCCAAUGACCUGCAACCAAAGUCUGUAUGUGUAGGGGCAUGCAAAGAAUAAAUGCUCUCUUGUUUCCUCCGGUUCACCACAAAAUGGACAGCCUUGUACUCUCCCCCAGGCGCGCAUUCUAACCCAUGUCGAGAGCAUGUCCUUUAUGGCUAACCAUGUUAUGAAUGCAUACCUAGGCACACCUUGUGCAAACCAAACGAGUUGAGAUCAAGAAACUGUGGCGCGUCGAUGCCUAAUCAUAUCCCAAGUUGCGCGAACAGGUAUUUACCUUUGUGUAUAAACUUUAUAAUAUAUAUAUAUAUAUAUAUAUAUAUCUUCCCAUCCUUCACUUUCAUCAAUCUGGUUUAAUAAGAAAGAUAAUUUAAAUAUAUUUCUUGUGUCAAAAUGUAAGAUUCAUCCAGUUAUAGGAAGUCAUCCGUCUGUUUCUAAACUUCUGACGCAUAUGUACUAGGUUUUUCAUCUUCCUAUUUCAUCAAAUUUGAUCUAAACCUAAAAUAAACACAAAAUAACACCAAAACACUCCAACAUACUCUAAAACAUUAUUUUACUUGAUGCAAUACUCAAAACAAUGUUUGACUCUAGUAAAAAAUACCGAUAUAUCACCACACAAAGAAUGUUUUUCCAACGAAAAGACCAUACCAUCAAAAAGUGUUCUUGUUAUUGUUAUUGUUAUUGUCUAACACAUAUGUGGAAGAAGAAUGUGCAGGUGAUUUUGAGAGCAAUCCUUCCGUGAGAUCCUCUCUUACUAAUACUCUCUCCAUUGUUGGUCUCUUUUAACUGUUCGUCUAUAGAUCCAGGGCCGGCUAAGUAUGGGGAGCGGUCAGUGCGACCGCCCCACGGCCCAUAUCAAAUAUUUUUUUAAAAAAAUUAUGUUUAAAUUACAUAUAUAAUAUUACAUUCAGAUUAAUAUAGUGUGUAAUAAAAUAUAAUUAUGUAAAAUAAUUUAACUUCUUUCAAAGUUCAACCAAAAAAUAAAUGUAAAUUUUUAUUUUUUUAAUAUUUAAUAGUUAAAGGGUUCAAAAAAAAUUUUGUUCUAAAAAAUUUCGUGGUAGAGCCCAAAUUUGUUUUUUCCACUAGGCUCAUCGUAGUAUUGAGUUGGUCCUAUAUAAUCCUACAUAGAAUCCAAUCAUCUAGCUGCAAUAUUUUGAUGAGUUGUACAUUAACCAGUACACCAAUUAUAUACAUAUACUGUAUAUAUGAUGAUACAAUGUGUAGCCUAAUAACAUUUAAUCUAACCUAUACUAAAAGGGUUAUAUGAGCAUCAGAGAGUGUGUCCACGUAGGACAAUUAAAUCAUCCAAUAGGAGAUCAGAUUUUCGCCACGUCAGAUACUCGCCUACGAGAUGUUUUGAUUUUAGGGUUGAACCCGUCUUCCAUCUCUGCCAUUCGAUAGCGUUGUUUCAUCUCCUUCCCAACAAUCGAAAAAGCUCCCGUUACAUAUUCAUCGUUUUUUUGCAUCUGUAUUUGACGAUUCAAAAUCAGAAUCCUAUUUCAAUUCAUGGAUCUGAAAAUUAAUGAAGCGCUGGCAAUGAAAAUUUGUCUUGAUCAGAAGUCGAAGUCUUGGUGACAUUUACGGCUGCAGGUUAGCUUUUAUUAUGAUUCCUCAUAUGUUUUUAUUGUUCGUUAAUUUGGAUUGGGUUGGUGAUUUACAUGUGAAGUUGUGGCUGAUGCUAAGAACCAGUAGAAGCGGACAAAGUCUCCUUUCACUGGUCAACAUUUGAUUUCUUAAGAAAUUACCAAAAAUUGGAUGAGAUCUGCGCUGGAGCAAUGUUCGUUAGAUGCAGGCCAGCGCCCCUGCUGAUGUUUCAGAAACAUAUCUUUCUUCUCUUCUUGACGACAAGUUUCUAAGAAGCUUAUCCGACGUUAGAGAUGUGGAUGAAGCUCUCAAGAUAGUUACUAUCGAUUUGGAUCCAACUGCUGCGGUUUAUCAAUUAUCAUGAAGAUCAACCAUUAUUGAUUCACUGGUGGUGGAUGCAUACCUUGAGAUUGAUUACGAUUAUGAUGAGAUUGAUGAAGAAGAUGAAGAAGGCGAGGGCUAAGGAAGAAGAUAAGGGAAGAGCAGAAAAGUCAUCAGCUGUGCACAAGGUUUAACAAACACUUAGUUGAGACUUGAAACCGUAGGAUCUCUUUCGUGUUGAUCCAAUGAUCAUGCAAGGUCUGUUGCUAACCUGAGCUUUUUGCGCAUAAAUGGCGUUGGAAAAGAAAUAACCAACCCCUAACACAUAUAAUCGACUCCACUAUCGUUAUAAAACCCCUUACGUAUUAUACUAGCUAUUGUUUGAUCAACUCUUUCACUGAGUGUUAAGGAGUUAGAACUAACCCUCUUUAGUCUGGAAACAGAACUAACCCUUUCGUCAUUUUUAACCUCUUUACAUAUUAUAUUCUAUUUCAAUAGCUGUGUUAAGAGAUAUUUUGUUUCCAUGUUUUCAUGUCCAUAUCCCUCUGAAAUUCAUCAUUAAAAACCUCUCAAUCUUUAGCUUUUAAGAGAAAUUUCAGAGGAGAAGAGACCAGAGAAGAGGCGAGAAUAAACAGAGGUGAAGAAAAAACAUAGGUCACAAAGUUGUGGUUAAGAAGAGUUUUGGGAAUCGAUUUAUGAACAUAACAGAAGUAUUUAGAUCUCGGAUAAUAUGCCUAUGGAACAAUCAAGCUGCAAGGAAUCCAUAGAAACAAACCGUGUUCAAAUCAGAGGAGCACUUGAGUAUGAGAUGGGUGAUGCUCAUAUGGCUAUCCAAGCCAGAUUGAACCAAGCUUUGCAUAAACUGAGCCACUCUUUGUAUAACACUUAUCAUCUUUAUAAAUCAGACAAAGAUAUUCUCUGUUCUGCAGACGCUACAUGUUGUUGUCUUCGUUGCGGCCAGGUGUGAGGGACCAGUUUAUCGGAGGGUAAGCUUAAGACGCAAUGUGAGGUUGACUCAGUUAUGGCAAUCUAGGAGGCUGAGGUUCUGAUAUUAAGGCACAUAUUUUACGUUUCGUUACACCAGAUGUUUUUUUAAAUGCUGAACUUAUGGAUUUGACGCUAUGUUGAAACAAUGACGCUAUGUUGUCCUCUACAUUUGAAAUUAAGGUGGGUGUAAUCAAAUGGUCAGAGGAUCAACAAUACGAUUAAGACUUUUCUUACUCUGCUGAUCAAGUGCCUGAAGCAAUAUCUAAGAGAGUUUAUUCAUGUUUGAUUUGUAAUGUUGUCUUAAGGAGGGUGUGCUCCUUAUUGAUGUACGAAAUCCUACUACCUUUUUGUUUGUUUCUCAAUUAUAUUGGGUAGGUUAGUUAGUGUUAGUCUACUCUCCGCAUUUGUUGCAGGGUGAUGCAUGGUUAUGCUUACCCUACUGAAGAUCCAGAAUGCUACAAGAUUUUUGAAAAGAAUGAGUCUGAGCAGCUUGCUUUUGGUGCCAGUACUAUUAUAUGUUUUUAUUCUUUCAUUUGCAAGGCUAUGUGUGUCGGAAAGGACUUACUUUAAGUGACUAUCAAUUAUAUGAUAUUGGUUGCUUCCUUGACGAUU